AUGAUUCUUGGGAGAAAUUUGCCCAAAGUCCUCUGCAUUGGGCUGAUUCUAAUCACUGCUGUCAAUAUCCUUCUGGUAUUUUACACCAAGGGAACCAUACAGACCUUGAUUCUGGGUGCGCUCCACAAAGACCUUCCUUUGCAUUUGGCUGAGUGGGAUGGGACAGUGAUAAAGAGACUCUCUCACUUGGAGGUGGAUUUUCAGCAUCUGAAAGACGAUAUGAAAUUGGCUAUGAAGCAACAAGAAAAUGUAAACAACACACUAAAACAAGCAGUGGAAGCAAUGGCCAGUGACACCAGGCACAGAUUCCACAAGAAACUCUUCCCAAACUCACAGCUCUUCAAGCAGUGGGGUGAAGGUCUUUCUGAGGCCCAGCAGAAAAUGGCUCAGGAACUCUUCCAGAAGUUUGGUUACAACGUUUACCUCAGUAACCAGUUGCCCCUCAAUCGAACCAUUCCAGACACACGGGAUUCCAGGUGUCUUCAGAAGAUAUAUCCUUCACAACUCCCAUCUCUCAGCGUCAUUCUCAUAUUCAUGAAUGAAGCGCUGUCAGUUAUACAACGGGCUAUCAUCAGUAUCAUCAACCGGACUCCCUCCCAAGUGCUGAAGGAGAUCAUCUUGGUGGAUGAUUGUAGCUCAAAUGGAGAACUACAGGCACCCUUAAAUGAGAAGAUUAAGUUUUACAAUCAAAAGUAUCCAGGACUGCUGAAAAUAGUACGACAUACUGAGAGAAAAGGUCUUGCUCAGUCACGCAACACUGGCUGGGAAGCUGCCACAGCUGAUGUAGUCGCCAUCUUGGAUGCUCAUAUUGAAGUCAACAUUGGAUGGGCAGAGCCUAUCUUGGCUCGGAUUCAGGAAGACCGCACCGUGAUUGUGUCUCCAGUGUUUGACAAAAUACAUUUUGACACCUUCGAACUGAAAAAAUAUGGAUUGUCAGCUGAUGGGUUUAACUGGGAGCUAUGGUGCCGCUAUGAUAGUCUGCCACAAUCCUGGAUUGAUCAGCAAGAUGCCACUGCACCACUAAAAAGCCCUUCCAUCAUGGGUAUCCUGGCUGCCAACAGGCUCUUCUUGGGAGAGAUUGGGGUCCUGGAUGGUGGAAUGCUGGUCUACGGUGGUGAGAACGUGGAAUUAAGCCUGAGGGUGUGGCAGUGUGGAGGGAAGAUCGAGGUCUUACCCUGUUCUCGGAUUGCUCACCUAGAGAGACACCACAAGCCCUACGCCUUGGAUCUGAGCAUUGCUUUGAAGCGCAAUGCUUUGCGAGUGGCCGAAAUCUGGAUGGAUGAAUAUAAACACAUGGUCUACUUGGCCUGGAAUGUGCCUCUUGAGAACUCUGGAAUUGAUUUUGGAGACAUUUCUUCCAGAAAGGCACUCCGGGAGAAACUAAAAUGUAAAACUUUUGACUGGUACCUGAAAAAUGUUUAUCCACUCCUGAAGCCAAUCAGUAGUAUUGUGGGCUACGGAAGAAUGAGAAACGCUUUGGAUGAAAGUAUCUGCCUCGAUCAAGGGGCAGUACCAGGCAAUACCCCUAUCAUGUAUUACUGCCAUACAUUCAGCCCACAGAAUGUCUACUACCACCAAACGGGGGAAUUCUACGUGGGAGCACUGAUUGCAGAAAAAAAUACUGAGGAUCGCUGUUUGACUGACCCUGGGAAAGGGGAGAAUCCCACCUUAGAACCAUGCUCCAAAGCAGCCUCAAAUGGACUGAACAUAUAUUGGGAUUUUAAACUGGGAGGAGCCGUCAUAAAUAGAGCCACCAAACGGUGUCUGGAGAUCAAGAAGGGCACUUCAGGUACCUAUGUGCUUGUGCUCCAGACCUGCACUGCACAGAUGUGGAAAAUACAGUAUGUCAUCAGAAAUUGGGGCACAAACUAA